CUUGGGUUAUAAACGCUGUGCAACAACUAAUUCUGGCUUUCAGGCUAGCCAGGAACGAAAAGUGGUGGAUCCACGCGCCCUUAAACGCAAUAAAACGAGUUUUAACGAAUUUAAAUACUAAAAGUAAAUAACAUUUUUUUUAAAUGUCGUACAAUAAAGUAGUACCAGCUCUAGUCAAGUCAAGUUAUGACAACAUCAAGAGAAUAUGCUUGUCUCACGGGAGAUUUCGCUCCACGGUCGCAUCCACGCAACGUGAUGAGGUUGAAGGAGGGAAAGAGAAGCAAGUUGAUGAGUGCACUGUGGUGAAAGCUGUUCAAGCGGACCUCAUCACCCAGUCAAAAAAUACCACCGAAGCUCAAACACAGAAGAUCGAAAUCGACUUUGACAACACUCAUGAAGCUUACAAAAGUAAAGAUAACAUUGAGCUGCUUAGAAGUCUGUUGGUCUUCAAGCUUUGCACAUUCGACUUCCUCGUUGACAAGAACAAGGAGUUGAUGGACCUUAGCAAGAAGGUAUUUGGCCAGCGGUUGUUUGAGAGGCUGAUGAAGAUGACGUUCUAUGGACAGUUUGUGGCCGGGGAGGACCACAACUCAAUCAAGCCUCUGAUCCAUAAGAACCAGGCCUUCGGCGUGGGGUCAGUCCUGGAUUACAGUGUGGAGGAAGACCUGACCCAGGAGGAGGCAGAGAAGAAGGAGAUGGAAGCCUGUGUGUCUGAAGCUGAGAAAGAAAGUCCAGGCGUUGACCACCGUGAGAAGAAGUACAAGGCCCACCGUCAGUUUGGGGACCGUCGUGGGGGCGUGGUCAGUGCCAGGACAUACUUCUAUGCUGAUGAGGCCAAGUGUGACAACCAGAUGGAGACCUUCCUCAACUGCAUAAAAGCCUCAGGGGGGGCCUCUGUAGAUGGAUUUUCUGCCAUUAAGAUGACUGCCCUGGGCCGUCCACAGUUCCUGCUCCAGUUCUCAGCGGUGCUGGUGAAAUGGAGGAGGUUCUUCAACCUGCUGGCAGCACAGCAGGGGAAGUCUGGCAUGGAUGCACUGGAGCAGAAACUGGAACUGGAACAGCUGAAGGAGAGUUUGACUCAGCUGGGGGUUGGAAAUAAAGAUGACAUUGAGAACUGGUUUACUGGAGAGAAACUGGGCCCAUCAGGAACGAUUGACCUUCUGGACUGGAACAGCUUGAUUAAUGACAGAACAUCGAUCUCGAACCUGCUCGUCAUUCCCAAUGUUGAGACUGGUCAGCUGGAGCCUCUGUUGAGAAAGUUCACUGUUGAAGAGGAGAAACAGAUGAAGAGGAUGCUGCAGAGAGUGGAUGUUCUGGCCAAGCAUGCGGUGGAUAACGGGGUGAGGCUGAUGGUGGAUGCUGAGCAGACGUACUUCCAGCCAGCUAUCAGCAGACUGACCCUGGAGAUGCAGAGGAUCUUCAACAGAGAGAAGCCCAUUAUCUUCAACACCUACCAGUGCUAUCUUAAGGAAGCCUAUGACAAUGUGUCUGUGGAUAUGGAGCUGUCCCGGCGUGAAGGUUGGUACUUUGGGGCCAAGCUGGUCCGCGGGGCCUACAUGUACCAGGAGAGGAGCAGGGCGGAGGAGAUCGGCUACGAAGACCCCAUUAACCCAGACUACGAGGCCACCAACCGGAUGUACCACAAAUGUUUAGAGUUUGUGUUGGAAGAGAUCAACCACAACAGGAAGGCUAAUGUCAUGGUGGCGUCACACAACGAGGACACUGUCAAAUUCACUCUGGAGAAGAUGAACCAGAUGGGUCUGUCACCCACUGAGAACAAGGUCUAUUUUGGACAGCUGCUCGGAAUGUGUGACCAGAUCAGCUUCCCACUAGGCCAGGCUGGAUUCCCAGUGUACAAAUACGUCCCCUAUGGCCCAGUCAACGAGGUCAUCCCCUACCUGUCUCGCCGUGCCCUGGAGAACAGGGGCUUCAUGAAGGGUUCCCAGAGGGAGCGCAGCCUGUUGUGGAAGGAGCUCAAACGCAGGCUGCUCAAUGGACAGAUCCUCUACAAGCCUGUGUACUAACUGAGCUGACUGACUCUCUGGCACACCAGCACUCUGCCCCUGUAAUACAUUCCAAUGUCUUAACCAAACCUGCCCUGCUCACAAUGGGGUGAAUACUAACUUCCACUUAAGUUGAAUUUUCACUUAGUCAUGCUCUGAUGUCAAUGGGAGCCUAAAGUGAAACAUUGACUGAAGUGGACAUUAGGAUUCAACCCCAUGGCUUUAGAAUGUACUGUAGGUAGGCUUGUCUAGUACUAAGAUACUAACCUAAUACCAAAAUACCCUCUGACUGGCUCUGCCUUUUCAUCUAUUCCUGCCAAAAGUGUCCUUAUUUUAUAUAAGAAUAUAUCUUAUCCACUGUGGUUUAGCAGCUUAUUCAGUGGCUUAUUGGCCAUUUUUAAAGUUGAGCUGUAGUUCUUAAGCUAGCAUGGAAAGUGUGUGAUUUGUUAUCACUGCUUAUAGAGUCAUAUAACUGUAGUUGUCGACAGGAUUUUUCUGAAUUUAUUAAGGCUCCUAUUUAAUGUGUCCAGUGUCUUUUUGUUUCCUUUCAAUGUUCAGGAACGGUAUGUUUUGUAACAAUGUAGUUAUUUAUCAUUGUCUUACAGACUGCUUUGGAACCCUUGUUUGUUAGCAUGUAAUGUUUAAAGUUGUCCUUUGUAUCUGUUUUACUGAACUGUGGAUGAUUGGACAUUUGUAAACGCUUUGUACAGCGUUCUAGCUUUGCUGAUUUUUAAAACCAAUAUUUUUAUUAUUUAAAUAGAAAUAUAUAAAACUGAUGUACACAAGGUUGUACUGUAUGAUGAUAUUACUGUCUUAUUAAAGAAAUUGAGUGGUCAUGUGAUAAUGAA